UCUGCCAUUUCUUCCCAAAUCCCAGCAAAAACACCCAAAUCGCUUAUGUGGCAAGAUAACUAAGAAGAGUUUCUGUCACUCCAGUCCUCACUAGUGUUGAGCUUACCCAGAGGAAGUACCCCGGUAAAGAUGGGGCAUUUGACCUCCACACAAACGAGCAUGGCGAGAGUGGUAAUGAACCAUUCAACGAAACAAGUUUAAAAAAUAGAAGACUUUACAGGAGUACAAUUCCAUUCAGCCUUCAAAUGCUACUACUACACUCAAGCACAGACUCAAACUGAUUCUAUGCAGAAUCUCCCAUUUCCUUAAAUUUCAUUUAAAUUUAACAACCCACCAGAUGCCACAUAAUACAAGACAGUAGCAUUAUGGCUCUAUAUGCCUUAUCCGUAUCCCACAGCCGAUAGGGUACUUGCUUUCGAUAGCCUUUGUACCAUAAACAACUAAUUUCCAACAGAAAUGGCUGGCUUUAUAAGCCUUAUCCCUAUCCCAUCCAGGUUUUGAUUGCACGUGACCGAAUCAUUUAUCGGAAUAUUCCACCUUUGGGCAUCCGAAGGGUUAAAGAGAGCCGUGGCUGGCUGGGUGACCUAGAAAGAGAGGGAGUGAGCAGAGGUUUCGUGGUUGAUGAGAGAUAGAAGAGUAUUGAGGGGUUAGGGUUUAAAAUUAGGUCAUUUAGGUAUUUAUAUAUUUUCAGAAAUAUUACUAAUAAAUAAAUUGUUUUAAAAAUACAUAUAACUAUAACUUUCGGCCGUCUCAGUUAUUUUGCAAAAACCACUCUAAAACCCUCGAAACCUCUGCGUCUAGAUUUCUUCUUUCUAAUCCAAUGGCUCCAAGCUUCGUAUUCGAACCCCCAAGCGAUGAAGAAAACGAGCUUUCGGAGGCUGAAGACGAAAUAGAUGAGGAAGAAGAAGAAGGAGAAGUAGAAGAAGUUGAGAAACAAAAACCCUCAAAAAAAUCUCAAUCUCCGUGGGACUUCGCUGCAUUUUCUGAGUCAGUCGCCGAAGAACACGCCCGUAGAAGCACGACUUCGGUCGAUUUCAAGAUCUCAAAAGUCCUAGAGAGACAGUCUAACCCAGCCGCCGCUACCGCUACAGCCGAAGAAGACGAAGAUAGCGAUAGCUCCGAAUCGGAGGAGCCAGACAGACAAGAAGAUUACAGACCGGAAGCUGAUGAAGACGAUGAUUCCAACGCUGUUGUUAACAGUAAGUCAUUUUUUUCCUCUUCCGAUGGAACAUCGUUCCAUGCUAAUUCAUUCUUGGAGCUCAAUUUGUCACGCCCUUUGCUUCGUGCUUGCGAGGCUUUGGGUUACGCCAAACCUACGCCCAUUCAGGCGGCGUGUAUACCGUUGGCGUUGUCUGGUCGUGAUAUUUGUGGGAGUGCAAUAACUGGUUCGGGAAAGACUGCUGCUUUUGCUUUGCCCACUUUGGAGAGGUUACUGUAUCGCCCAAAACGAAUGCCAGCAAUUAGGGUUCUUAUCCUCACCCCAACCAGAGAGUUGGCCCUCCAGGUAACCAGCAUGAUUGAGAAACUUGCCCAAUUUACCGAUAUCAGAUGUUGUCGGAUUAUUGGAGGAGUUUCAGUAAGGGAACAAGAGGCAUCCUUGAGAUCAAUGCCAGAUAUUGUUGUGGCUACUCCAGGUCGUAUGAUAGAUCAUUUACGUAAUUCUAUGUCAGUGGAUUUGGAAGAUCUUGCUGUUCUUAUUCUUGAUGAAGCUGAUCGUCUUUUGGAGCUUGGAUUUAGUGCUGAAAUUCAUGAGCUGGUUCGGCUUUGUUCCAAGAAGAGACAGACCAUGCUUUUUUCGGCAACAAUGACCGAACAAGUUGAUGAACUUGUUAAGCUUUCUCUGAAUAAACCAUUGCGACUCUCUGCUGAUCCAUCCAGCAAACGACCAGCAAAGCUUACAGAGGAGGUCGUUCGGCUACGACGAAUGCGCGAAGUAAACCAAGAAGCUGUUCUUCUUUCAUUAUGCUCGAGAACAUUUACUUCUAAAGUGAUCAUUUUCAGUGGAACAAAACAGGCUGCACAUAGGCUAAAGAUUUUGUUUGGUUUAGCUGGCUUGAAAGCUGCUGAGCUUCAUGGUAAUCUUACUCAAGUCCAGCGUCUUGAUGCUUUGGAACUCUUCAGGAAGCAGGGAGUGGAUUUUCUAAUCGCAACUGAUGUAGCAGCUCGUGGACUUGACAUCAUUGGUGUUGAAACAGUCAUAAAUUAUGCGUGCCCUCGUGAUCUCACAAGCUAUGUUCAUCGAGUGGGCCGAACGGCCAGAGCUGGUAGAGAAGGAUAUGCUGUUACAUUGGUCACGGAUAAUGAUCGAUCUCUUCUGAAAGCUAUUGCAAAGAGGGCUGGUUCAAAGUUGAAAAGCCGCACUGUUCCGGAGCAAACUAUAGCUAAGUGGUCCAGGUUAAUCGAGAAGAUGGAAGAUCAAGUGGCUGCAGUUAUUCAAGAUGAGAUUGAAGAGAGAGCACUUAGAAAAGCUGAAAUGGAGGCCACAAAGGCAGAAAAUUUGAUUGCUCACAGAGAUGAAAUCUUUUCUCGCCCUAAAAGGACGUGGUUUGUGACGGAAAAGGAGAAGCAGCUUACUGUGAAUGCAGCUAAGUCAUUUUCUGACAAAGGAAAGAUCUCUGGAAAUGAAAUAACCAGUGCCCAACAAGCUGAAGAUCUAAAGAUGAAGGAAAAGAGGAAACGGGAGCGAGAGAAGAACUUACCAAGGAAGAAGCGCCGAAAACUUGAAGCAGCUAGAGAAAUGUUGGAGAUGGAAAGUGAAAAUUUAGAAGAUAGUGGUGAUAAAAAAGAAAUGUCACUAGUUGACCUGGCGUAUCGGCGUGCUAAAGCUGUGAAGGCAAAGAAAAAGGCCGUGGAUGCUGGCAAGAUUGUGAUGAAGGUUGUCAAGAAAUCUAAGAAUUCUUCGAAAAGAACUCCAUCGAGGACAGAAGAGAUGAAAGAGCUAUUUGAAAGCGACAUGACUGACAGAAAACAGAAAAGAAACUUCAGUGGGGAAGGAAUGAAAAAAUCCAAGAGUUCCUUUAAAAGCAAGUCAAGGUAUAAGCGCAAAUAGCAACUUCAAGUGCGCCUUGUUACAGCAGCUGUGAAGUGAGUUGGCAACAAAACAAUUUUACUUGUUUUUGCUCUUGUUAUGAGUAUUUGCAAAGCAAUUUUGGCAGAGGGAAAAGAGUAGGAUUGAUACUUAUGGAAUGGAGUUGUAUUUUUUAUUUAUUUAAAUUCUAAAGUAACCUAGUUAAUGAUCUGUUUUUGAAUUUGAACUCUUCAUCUAUGUUAUAGGGAGAGAACUUUCCUUGCCCCUA